AUCUAUGAUCGCCGUUGGUCUGGGUGUUGCAGCCAUUGCUUUUGCAGGUCGGUACGCCUUCCAGUUCUGGAAACCGCUGGAACAAGUAAUCUCCGGAGCAGCAAGGAAAAUUUCAAGUGCUAGUCUCUCCUCCUACUACAAAGGAGGGUUUGAACAGAAAAUGAAUCGGCGAGAAGCAAGUCUUAUUUUAGGCAUCAGUCCAUCUGCUGACAAGGCCAAGAUAAGAACUGCUCACAGACGAAUCAUGAUUCUGAAUCACCCUGAUAAAGGCGGCUCUCCCUAUCUCGCAACAAAAAUCAACGAAGCAAAAGACCUGCUGGAAUCAAGCAGUAAACAUUAGGGCCCCGGGAUUUUUGUGCCACAAGAAAUAUCAUGUGUGCUACAUUGGAGAAACUUCAAAUGCUGUUGCUUCUUGUAUUUCUGUAUUUCUGUAUUAGUUUCGUCAAGAAAGUCCUCUAAGCACUUGAAAAUACCAUUCCAAGUAUUUAAUAAUAAAAGUGAGAUCCUUAACAUAUAAUUCAUCUGAGCCAUUCCUGCAAAUAUAUACAUUACAUAGUUAUUACACUUGAAGUGUAACAACAGUAUGGCCUUUUUCAUAGUGUGAACAAAAGGACUGAUGUUUUACACAUUUCUCUGGAAACCAAAAUGCAUAAACCUUCCGUUAUGCCUCUGAGGACGCCGC